AUGAAGAGGGAUCAUAACCACCGUGAAUCUUCCACCGGAAAAGUUGGUAGCUCAUCAAUGACGGCGUGUAAGGAAGAAACCGCCGGAUUCGACGAGCUUCUUGUGGUUUUAGGUUACAAAGUCCGAUCUUCCGACAUGGCUGACGUGGCACACAAGCUUGAGCAGUUAGAGAUGGUUCUUGGCGACGGAAUCUCUCAUCUUUCCGACGAUACCGUUCACUACAACCCUUGUGAUCUCUCUGGAUGGGUCAACAGCUUGCUUUCGGAUCAUACCAAUCAAGAAAAAACCGAACCGGAUCCGGUUUACGAUCUCAGCGCGAUUCCUGGCUCCGCAGCGUAUCCACGUGGCAAAAGGAUGAGAAUUGAAUCAUCAGUGUCACCAUCGACGACGACGCGCUCUGUGGUGGUUUUGGAUUCUCAAGAAACGGGAGUGCGUUUAGUCCACGCGCUAUUGGCUUCCGCCGAGUCGGUUCAACAGAACAAUUUCAAGCUAGCCGACGCGCUGGUUAAGCAAGUUGGUUUGCUCGCGUCGUCGCAAACCGGAGCCAUGAGGAAAGUCGCGACUUACUUCGCGGAAGGUCUGGCGAGAAGGAUUUACCGGAUUUACCCUCGAGACGACGUCGGUUUGUCGUCGUUCUCGGAGACUCUCCAUAUUCAUUUCUACGAGUCUUGCCCGUAUCUCAAAUUCGCUCAUUUCACGGCGAAUCAAGCGAUGCUCGAAGCUUUUGCCACGGCGGAGAAAGUCCACGUCGUUGAUUUGGGGCUUAAUCAGGGUUUACAAUGGCCGGCUUUGAUUCAAGCUCUAGCUCUCCGUCCCGGUGGUCCACCGGAUUUUCGGUUAACCGGAAUCGGUUCUUCGUUAACCGGUGAUUCGAUUCAAGAAGUGGGAUGGAAACUCGGUCAGCUCGCGAGUACCAUCGGUGUGAAUUUCGAAUUCAAGAGCAUUGUGUUGAAUAAUUUAUCCGAUCUUAAACCGGAAAUGCUCGAGAUUCAAACCGGUUCAGAAUCUGUAGCGGUUAACUCGGUUUUUGAAAUUCAUCGUCUCUUGGCUAAUCCCGGUUCGAUCGAGAAGUUUUUGUCGACGAUUAAGUCGAUUAAACCGGACAUUGUUACAGUGGUCGAGCAAGAAGCGAACCACAACGGAGCCGGUUUUCUCGACCGGUUUACCGAGUCGCUUCAUUAUUACUCGAGCUUAUUUGACUCACUCGAGGGUCCACCGAGUCAAGACCGAGCCAUGUCGGAGUUAUACUUGGGACGACAGAUACUGAACCUAGUGGCCUGCGAAGGAGAGGACCGGGUCGAGAGACACGAGACGUUGGUUCAGUGGAGAAACCGGUUUGGUGUAGCGGGAUUUAAACCGGUUAAUAUCGGUUCGAAUGCGUAUAAGCAAGCGAGUAUGUUGUUGGCACUUAACGCAGGAGCUGAUGGGUAUAAAGUUGAAGAGAACGAAGGUUGUUUGUUGCUUGGAUGGCAAACGCGACCGCUAAUCGCUACUUCUGCGUGGCGUUUCAGUCGUGUGGAGUAA